GAGAAUGCAAGUACGUGAGUCUGGCCGCGCGAGUGGAAGGGACCGUUCAUACAAAUCUUGGUCGUGUUUCGAAGAGACAGCUUUACACGAUGUGCUCCAAGAUGACUUCCAAGUUGUGUCACGGUUUCUGAGGCCUGACUUGGCUGAAUUCCUUUCAUUGAGAUCAUUGUUGGAGCCCACAUGGGGCGUCUCAGCCCUUCUCUGACGUCGAUCGGUAGAAAUAAUUCUCUGCGAAGAUCCAUUCAUGCCCUUCCUGUUACUGGGUACCAUGGGGACUUACUUGUAAAUGUACCAUUUGAUGGAUAGCCUGAGCUCUGCUGAAUGAGGUCUGGAAAACAGGU